ACACACUCACGACCCCCUCCCCAACCCAACAAUUGCAGCGCCAGCCCUUAAUUAGCCGCUGCAUUUGUCUACUUCUGAUCCCACUACUUCUUUAUCAGCUUUAAUUUUUCAAUUGCUCCCAAUCCCUGGGUCCGGGAUUGCCGGGUUUCCUCGCACGUUAAAAUGGCACCCCGGAUACAGAGCCGGCGUGUCUCCAAUGCUCUCCUCCCCUAUCUCACAGCCUCUCAAUCCCCAUCCAUAUCCUCCAUCCAAUCCACAUGCCCUUCAUCACAACUCUUAUCCCGUCAGUUCUCCGCGACGGCCGCUCCACAGACCAAGCUCCGUCGGCAAAUGUUCCAAUGGCUCUCUACUGAGGGAGCUGCGCUGAAGCAUCACAUCCCUGGCGAAACAAACUACUUGUCCCGGGCAGACCGAGAUGGUGACUCUAAUGAGGCGCCGCGCCCGUUCCCGGGUAACCGGACUUUCAUUAGUGAGCCUGUCCUCAGCGAAGAGCUGCGGAAUGAGGUCUACGUGCGGGUUGUCGAGAAGAAGAGGAGUUUGCGUGCUGUUAGUGUCGAGCUUGGUAUCGACAUGAAGCGCAUCGCGGCUGUAGUGCGGUUGGUGGAGAUGGAGAGGAGACAACGAGCACAGGGCAAACCCCUAGCAUUACCAUAUGCUCGUGCGAUCCAUGAAAUGAUCCCGACCACCCCGCUUGCCCAGGAAGGCGAGCGCCAAACCUACCACGAACCUAUUAAUGAUCUUCCCGCCCACCCUUCCACUGGUGCCCAGAUCUUCUACCCUGUGCCCGAGUCACGAUCAUUCACUCGAGUCGACGCUGGUCGCGUCUUCUCUGGUGCUCCAACAAUGGAAAAGGCUGUCGCCGAAAAGAUCUCCCACCCCUCCGACCUGGUCGACGACAUUAUCCAGAACCCCAACUCGAUUGAGUGGGUUGGCAAGGGCGAGAAUGCCCGACAGGUUCUUCAACCUGCGGAUGUGCGUAUCCCGCACCCGCAGUUGGUCAAGCUGGAGCUUGACCGCAAGGCCUUCCCCAACGAACGUCGUGCUGUGGCACAGCGUCACGCUGAGCGUCUCGAGAAGCAGGAGGCGGUCGAUCAGCAACGCCGUGAGCGUGCCCAGGCUCGUCGUGAGAAGAGCAUUCAGCACGUCGAGCCCGAGCGUAGCCGGUUCGAAUAUCGCAUCCAGGAUGCCAAGUUCACCAAGGAGACCGUCGGCGCAGAUGGCCGUGCUCCCUGGGCUCCUGGCCGCCGGUACGGUAUUCCGGCGGACGACCGCAAGCGCGGUAUGGUCAAGAUUCCUACUCGCGUGGAAGCUUAAGCUUCAUGCAGGUGAUGAAAUUUCUCGUGUUUUGGCCCUGAAUGGGUGCCGUCUCUCCCAUGGAUGAUGGGGAGACGAGCAAUUGUACUUGUACUUAUACAUCUGUAUGGCGGUCUUUCUAUUCCAACCCUGUAACUAUACCAUAACCAACCAUGGACUGUUUUCAUACUUGACACGAGAUUUCUUAUUGUUCCUGUAUCUGCCGUAUGCCUCGUAAACCAUCAUAACCAAACAUCAAUUCAUUAU